AUGACGAUCACACACGGCCAUAGACUGCUCGAGCAAGACCUCGGUACCGCUCCGAAAGCCUUUUUCGGUCAGUAUCAAGACGUGUGCCAGAGGCGUUGGUUUUGCUGUUUGGCGUGACCGUCGACAGUGGUGAGUCAGGAUUCACCCUAUGGUGAUAACCACACGAGCGUCUUUCGUCCAUUUCUUUUUAUUUGAUUUUUCUUCAACGCCCCAACCCCAGCCUUACGUGGGACCCCGCGGACCGGCAUGCCUUGCCGUCACUGCCACUGCAUCAUGUCGGUAUACUAG